CCUCUUCGGGCUCGCUAUCAGAUCCGUGCUCCGGAUAUUUGAGAGCUCGCUCAGCUCGCUGCGGGACGGGGGCGGGGACCGGGGACGGAGAAGGGGCCAACGUUUACUUGUCACGUCCCUGUACUCCCUGUCUGCCUGUCUCUCUUGCGCAUGACGCGAACAAUUCCAAAACAGUUCUCGGUCUCAUUCCCACUUGUUCCCACUUCGUGGCUUCGUGUUUCGUCAACAUUUGGACCUACGACGAACUGCUGUUAUGCCCUCGUCGUUCAAUCCCGCACUGGAUUCAUGCUGCAUGGGCCGGACCGUUUCGGGCGACGAGUGUCGUUGGGACGUGUCCUCGACGAGAGACGGCGCUCUCGAUCUCGACCACGGUCGUAUUCACGACCGUGAUCUCGACAAUUGCGUGUCCUCCGAUUCGGAAGACGAGUGGCGGUUCUGGCAGUGGCGGCCGAAGGAGCCGCGGGUGCCGUGGUACCGAAAUUUACCGAGCGUCACCAUCUUGAGCAACGUCUCGUCUGUCCCGAGGCUCCCAAGUCCACGGGAGUGUGAGAGUGCGUUAUCACCAUCGACGUCGUCGACCAUGUUUCCGACGAGUAUUAACGUCGACUCCGAGGAGUAUUACUGUUUCCGGGUGAGGGAGAGCAUCGGCGAGCCCGGCGUCGAGAACAUCGUCAUCCCGUGCUCGAGCAACUUCGACCUGGAGAAGCUGCGGACGGAGCUGUGGAAGCAGUUUGGCGUGCCAAGGGCUAGACGCAUCUCUUACAUCGACGACGACGGGGACGACGUUCCAAUCGAUUCGGAAUGCGAGUUUCACGAAGCAUUGAAGCUCGCGAAAAAAGCUUUCGUGGCAAAUACGGCGAUUCCGUUGAUCGUUGGUUCGUUCAACUAUGGGCCUAUGAGCAGCGACGACGAGCAAGGUUCCGGAACGAACGAGAUCUGUUGCCCGAACAAAGAGUCGACAAGUAUCAAUGACAAUCCAAUCUUGUCCUUCACUGAAAAGAACGGUGGUUCUACGUCGAAACCGAAUCCUGAAUUCGACAAACUGAAAUGUCCAAACCAGGAAAUACUAUCGAACCAUGAGAAAUUGGAUGUAAGGCAAUAUGUUGAAUCAGGCGAUGAACAGACAGAAUCAAAAGAUGUGGAAAUUCCACAAUCAAACGCUUUGUUACGGUGUCAUUCAGAUACGGUGCCUCCUCCGUGGUUCACCGAGUACAUGGAUGCGAUGAAGAAAGAAAUGGUAUCUACGAUCACACACGAGGUCGUGAAAAACGUGACGGAAGUGCUGAACAAACGUUUGGACUCCCUUGCGCAUCCCCCAUUGAAGGAACUGGGUCAGUCUCGAAAUCAGUCGUAUUCUUCUCUCUCGAAGCGACAUUCCAGAGGCUCCUUCGACUCGAACGAGAAGAAUCAGAAGAGGAUGAGGUCUCAAGACGAGGAGCAGUCGAGCGAUGCCUCGAUCGAGCGCGUGGACGAGCCGCAAAACGUAAACACCGCGGAAGAGCCGCAAACAAAGAAAGAUAUGAUAUCCACAAUUAGUCAAGAAGUAGUGAAGGAGAUGACGGAGAUGCUAAACAGAGUUACGUUGGAUCUCACGUCUGUUCCUUCAAGGAAGCUCGGUCAAUCGCGAAGCCAGUCGCAUCUUCCUUCCUCGAAACGAUUUCCUCGACACUUCGAUUCGCAGUCAUGUGAGAAGAAUCAGAGGAAGAAGAGGUCUCAGAAUGGGGAGCAGUCGAGUGACGCUUCGACGGAGCGUACAUAUGAGCCGCGAAACACGAGUACCGCGAAUACUUCGUGGCAAGACAAGCUACUGCAGAAGAAGUUCGAUCUUAUGGAAGAUAGGAUCGCUAUUUGUACGAGCAAGUUGAAAGAGGAAAAGAAGAAGAAGCAUCAUCAACGGCUUGCUCAAGUAACCACCGAUAGUCUGAACAACGAUAUCGGUAAGGAGCAAUCUGUUCAGAAUAAUGCGCGGGAAGAAUUUGUCCCUCGGAAGAACCUGCCUUCGCAAGUGGAUUCGAUACCAUACGAUGAAACUCCGGGGAUAUUCGAGAACGAGCUUCGUAUGAGCUGCUCCGUCACUGGACAUCAGAUAUUAGAUGAAGGUCGUCCCAGGGACAUCUGGUACUGCAACAACUCGGAUGUCGACAAAACCAGCUUCUGGUCGUGUGAUCAAGACGAAGAUAGCGACGAUGCUUUCGAGAUCGUCCAGAUACCUGUUUCAGGAGGCAGAAAUGAAUCAUCUACGCGUCCUGAGGAGCCCGCCGUCGAGCAACGACGACACGACAGCAAUCGGGACUCGCCCAGCUUCGAGCUCCUGUCCGACCCGCCCUCGCCUACGUCCUUUAUGCACUUCAACGAGGAGCAUUUUUCGGCGAACGAGGGGAAUGCCGAACAGCAAUCUUUCGCGAAUCCACCGACGAGCUCCAUUUAUGUGGUAGAUAUUCACGGCAAGGUCUAUAAUAAGCAUCAAUUAGCAGAUCUUGACGAGCACGUUAGCGCCGAUUUGGAAAAACGACCCGGCGGAGUCUAUUCGUUCGUAACGGAGACCUUGCCAGUUCAGGACGCUCCCUGCUCGAAGUCGUCCUGUUCGCGUGCGGAGCAACGACCGAGCGAAUGCAAGAAGAACUGUCGAGAUGACGUGUGCGACACCCGCGACAACGCGAGCAGCACGUAUGACGACGUGAGAAACUCGCAUACGAGCUACCUGACCGUGCGGACUCACUGCGAUUUGAAGACGCAAUGCAGUUGCCAGUCGCAGACUGACUCGAGUGACUUCACGCAGAGCUUCCACUCGCAUACCACGUCGGUCACCGACACGACCGACAUUUACACCGAGGCUGCCAGCGGCAGCGGUAGGUACGGUGAGCAGCAAGUGCCGACAACAACAGCCAAGAACGUGCGAGAAGCGGCGACGACGACAACUAGAAACGAUCACGAUGUCGUCGAUGGCUGCACGGGACUCUGGACAAACGAAAUUUACAACGGUGCGGACAACUAUUCGAAGUGCACUUGCAGUUCGCACAGCGGUACUUCGCGAUUCUCGGCCGAUUCUGCGUACCAGUCCAGUCAAGCGAGUGGACCUUCCGAUAGAACGAGCUCUAACGCAGGAUCGAGGAAGACAUCCGUCGGUGGGGCCCGUCAGACCUCGGACACUGCUGAUCCUGUUCAUAUUCUAAACAUUAGUCCGGAAACAUUAGUCACUGCAGCUGCCCAUGUCGGGUCAUACGCUUACGGCACCGCAUGCGAGAUGUUGGACAAGAUACGGGCGCACACGAGAGAGGAUUCUGCUAAACGUCGAGGUGGGGCGAAGUGCGAUGAUAAGAAGCGCUUCUUCGUUGGUCCUCUGUCUUUGUACUAAUUAAACUACUAGACACGAUCCUUCAUUUAUAGCUGACAUAUUGUAUCCGAGCAACCACCAAGCUUCAGUUACACAUUACGUUUAUUAUAACUGAUGCUAAGUGUUUACCGGAAUUAUACACUACGCGGGGCUAAAUAGAUAUAUUAGGCGAUAGGUAAAUACGCGGAUCGAAUUUGCUAGGCUCGAAAUGGUAUUGUAGUUUGAACGUGUGGCGAUCGAAGUAUGUGUGCGGCGCGUCUCUUACAACUGGGAUUUCUUAGAUCACGCAGCGAAUAAAGCGAAAUUAAGUUUCCUACACCGACGAUUGUUAAUUGACUCAUUGAGAGACACCAAGAAUGAAUAUAGUAUAUCUCAUUGUUAACAGGAAAAAGUUUCAAUGAUACUAAACCAGUAGAGUAAGUUCGAAAAGAAAGAAACAAUUAAAACGCUGAUGCACUUUCUAUAUAUACGAGUGAUUCUUAAUUGCACGCGAUAAAUAGAAGUAGAAAAAUGUCACAAAAACGAACCAAAUACAUCGUAUCAAAUAUUACGCUGUUUACCGCGUGAAAUUUAAGAAUCGUUGUGUAUGUAGUUAUUCGAAUUAUGCUAUGUCAUAGAAUGUUAGGCUUGCUCGUAGCUGUAUGAAAUUAAGGAAUUAUAUAUACUAAAAACGAACAGACGAAAGUGUAGAGGAGAGAGUGCGACAUUGCGAAAUAGUUUUAGAUUUUGUGGACGAGAGGGUAGGCUGUUUGGAAGGAAAGUAUGAAAUUCUUUAUUACAACCUUUCCGCGUAUAGAUAAUAUUAGUAAUUAGAGACAGUGACUAUAUAGAUAAAUCAGUUGCCCUUAUUGUUCUACUUGUAUAUUUACCGAAAUGAAAGGGGAUACCGCAUUGUUUAGGACUGAAUGAUCGUUAUUAGCUUACAUGGACGAUUUUGCAAACGCGUCUGAAGAGUUACGGUUCAAUUCCGUUAAAUGACAUCUGGAUAUCGACGCAGAAGCUAGCACAGGAGUUACCUGCCGAUGAUCUUGAUAAAGAAAAAAUAACACAAGUCACCCCUUCGGCACAUGCGUUUCGCAAAAUGAUGUACCAGUGUUCGGCGGUAAGAUUCGCACGAAAUGUUUAAUCAAUUUACUGCACUUUCGAAAUUCUUAUCUUAUAUGACACGCAUUAUUACGUUGUGUUAGAGCUUAUGGAAAUUAGCCGGAUUUGCGGAAAUAAAUGUUAUAUGAAUUAUAUAUA